CGGCGAAUCAUCUCAACAGGAAACAAGCGGUAACGUCCAUUUUCCAAUUCGAUUUGACGAUGUAAGUUUGUGUUUUUGUUUACUCUUGCCGUGGUUUUUGUCGAACACAAAGUUCACCAUUUUUCUGGGCUCUUGCAAAGAAGCCAUUUGUGCAGUAUCCUCCGAUGAAUAUCUUUUUCUAGUAUUCGUUACAGCAAGAUGGAACAGGCUCGCAAGGUGAUUCGUGAAAAGCUGAUCACGCUUGGCGAUGAGAAGAAAUUCGAUGGAGCGAAGGUAAAAACACUCUACGGGCAGCUGGAGGACAGCUUGCAGAGCGUUGCGCGUGAGCUCCUCGAAGUGUUUUACGAGUGCGUGACGUGCUUGCCCCACAAGAGCCACGUUUACGCAACGUUUCUAGGCGUCAUCCAUGAUCGCGGCAAGCAACAACUAUUCGUCAAGGAUGUGUUUGAGAAGUUCUCGUUUGCGCUCACGGUCGCGCUGCACACAGGCGAUUUCACAGUGACGUGCACGAUACUCAAAUUUUAUGCAGAACUGGUGUCAUGCAAGGUGCUCAAGGAAAGCGAGUAUUUCAAGGUUCUGCAUGACAUUUUGGACUUGGCGGCGAGCGAAAAUGUCGAGUUCAGUCGUAGAGAGCGAGAAGAGCGGCGACAGAGGCAAGAACAAGCCAAUGGUGGACCACGAGAUAAGAAUAUUGGUCAAGGAUCAGAAAACAGUCCUGGUUUCGGUGCUGCGUCCGAACGCCAGGGCAUGCAGUUCCCGGUUUACGCCUGCUUGCAGUCCAUCCCGUACCUGACAAAGGAUCUGCAAGAGAGCUGCGACGAGGACAUUAAGGCCUUGCUCGCAAAAGUCCAGGGUGAUAUCCCACGCAAUCAGGCGUUGGAUAUACUCCAUUGCGGUGUCCGUGAUCCGGUUGACGGGAGCCAGAAAACCGAAGCAAACGGCAGUUCUAUGACAACCACAACUGAGAGUGGUGUGAUUACCGGGAAUCGUAGUAGCAGCUCUUCGACUGCGCGACUCGCGAAGCAGAAGAGCAAGCUGGAAUUUCUGUAUGAAAUGUUGCACGCGAAAAGCCACUUAGACUGUGCAGCAGUCAAGAGGCCCUUGAUUACUUACGACAAGUUCAAGAAAGCGGUUCCGUGGGGUCCGUUGCCUAUCAUAGCGGCGAUGAGGAGCACAGCGAAAGGCAGAGGGUUGAUAGAGCGCAGCAUGCACUUUCAGGUGGGCUUAAUAAUUACGGUUGUGGUGUCUGUGUUAAAAUGCGAACACAGGCAAGUCAUUUUCGGUCAUCCAUGAUAUUUUCAUAAGCACAUAGAAACCGUUUUUCCUUUGUAGGUGAAAGUUUAUCGAUUUUUUACAUAUGUUUCAGGGUUCAGGGGAGCGCCCCCCGGAGCGUAGGGGGGGGGGCGUGGAUCCCCGGACCCCUUUUGAAGGCGUCUGCCGGGGGUGGAAGGCUGCAAAAGGGGUCCAAGGGGCCUCCUCCGCUCCCUUCCAGCUGCCUGCGUGUACCCUACCGACCUCCUACGUGCUUCGCCACCGCAGCAGUGCGCCGGUUGUGGAAGUGUAAGGCUUCAAAAGGGGCCCGAGAGGCCUCAUGCGCUCCCUUCCAGCUGCCUGCGCGUACCCUGCAGGCCUCCUAUGUGCUUCGCCGCCGCAGCAGUGCGCCCGGUGUGGAAGGCCUCCGAAGGCGGCAAAAGGCGCAAGGCUGGACCCCUUGAGCCGUGUGGCAUGUGCCCUCCGGGCCCUUGGUCAUCGGCUCGCUUGCUCUUGAGACCGUGGCCGCCUUCGGCGGCCUUCUACCCCGGAGGCCUCCAGCUUGCGAGGGUCAGCAGAGGCCAGGAGGUCGCUAGGGAACUUGCUGAGAGGCGCAAGGGGACGCCCAGGUUUGACGUUUUCCACCCCGAGACUUCGCGAAAAGCAGCGCGGAAAAGAGCGCGCGAGCGUCACCGCGGGGCCAUCCACGGCGGGGGGGGGCGCCGUGCGUCCCUGUAUCAUAUAUGCGAGGCAUGGCAGACGUUGUAAAAUACUCCAAUUGCAGGUUCCCAUGUGGCUCCCACUACAGCAGAUUUUUGACAAUAAGCAUCUAGACUUUCGGGAAAUCGAGGAGGACCCCGAGCAUUCUGAGUUCCGCCAUACCAACUACAUUCGCAGUGCUGCGUCAGAGGUAACGCAGUACUUUGCGGAGGAGUAUUUCUUGGGCAUCAUCCUGAAUUUCAAGGAGGAUCUGUUGUUGGCAGCCCAGAACUUGCUCAAGCUAUCCAUACUGGACGGCUCCCCACAAGAGGACAUCUGCCUGGUCUGGACAAUUCUGAAGACUAGUUUAUUCUCCCUCCCUUUCCCUCCAUUGCAUAGUGUAGUGCUGUAUCACAAGUUGGCGGACAUCGUUUGUGAGUUACAACUCCCAUGCGAGGAGGUGUAUCACGACAUGCUCCUGCGACUCAUAUGUCGCCGACACCUAGACGCAGAAGUGCGGGAGCGUCUGGAAGACACUGUGGGGUUUUACUGCACGCAGGGGGAAUUAGAGACGCGGUGUCGCGUCCUCACGAAGGCCUUGGAUCUUUGUGGGCACGCAAGAAGUGACGGCGGUGAAGGCGACGGCGGUCAGAGCCGACCUUCCGGUGGCAAGAGGAAUGCGGGUGACAACCUUGCACAGCGGUUCACGCGACAAGUGCUGCGGCGGGUGGUGCGCAUGAGCUUCAAGAAGGAAGUCGCAGCUGUCCUUGACGCGGAUCGAAGGCGGGUAAGAAUUUUCGAAUGAGGUUUCUUUGGAUACGGCAGACGAAAUUUUGUGAAGAUCAAAUUGCUUACUCAAAAGUGCAGAUUGUUCUCUGGUUGUUUAUCCCAACAAAGGUCGCAAUUCGAGUUGUUCCAUGUUUGCUUGACGGUCAUGCCAGAGGUGCAAUUAUUAUGAUGUUAAUCAAGAUCCGUGUUUCAUCGGAGCCCACGAGGUCGAUGUUGAGCAAAAUCUUAUCGCUCAUUCUGAUUUGCACCUCUACCUACCGGCAAGAAGCCGUGGAUAUCGUUGAUUGGUAUCCACAGAUCCGAUUUACUCGAAGAUGGGGAUCCGCAUGAAAAGUGAAAUGCGGCUGUGAUGACAUGGAUCUUCCUGUGAAAGUUCAGUAUAAUUGCAUAGAAGCAAAUAUUUGUUGAAGUGCAAGAUCGAUCUAUGUUCAAGAAAAGAAGUAAGAUCUCUCUCUCUCCUCUUACGGUCAUCAGGUUCUGUUGAGAUUUCUUCCGAGGGAUGUGGAUGUGGUUAAUCCCUAUGCUGUGGCCGACUGGACUAAACGGGAUGAUGUCUGUCCCCCCUGUCCCGAGUACCAAAAAUUUCAUGAGCUAGUGCAGAUCAAAAACGCGAACCCGGAGCUUCUAGAAAAAACGCUUUUAAAAGUAAUCGGCACGAAGAAAUCCCGGCGACCAGACAAGAACCAUAAAAACGAGAGAUUCACAGCAACGACAAUUGUGCGCGGCCGCUCUAAAGUGCAGUAUCCCAUUGGGUACUCCUUUCCGACGAAAAAUCAGGAAUUUUACUCUGCCUUUUAUUGACCUUUACUGGUGUGUUGCAUGAUUUGAAAACAGUUUGAUGUUACUCUUACCGUUCAGUACCCGAGGAUGGUGAUGUUUGCAUCGCUAAAUCAUUUCAUCUUGAUCUUCACCAGGUAUCAUGAGAAGCACGCCGACGAAGAUGGGAAGUCUGAGAAGUGGGGAAAAGAGGAGCUUUUUGACAUGCUUUGUUACUGCUUUCUCCAAAAGGGGUCGAAAACGCCUACACACGCAACAAAGCUUAUGGAACUCCACAGACACCUUUUCGCCAAGUUUGCACUGCCGCUGCGCUUCAUUACCGUUGUUCUCGAUAUCUGGCAGCACAAUCCGGUGCGACUGGAGCUGGCGCUGGAACACUUGUACGACACCCUUUUUGUCUUCAAGUGUGUAAUUGCUUUUGUGUUUCUUUUUCGCAUAUUGUAUUUAUUCAUUGAUUUUUUGGCUCGGUGAUGUUGACGGGAGGAGACCCCAGUCAACGAAAUCAUCAAUCGAUUUACUCGAUAGGUACAUCUACAAGAUUGCUCCGGCUGCUAUGAUUCUUGAAGCUUUGCGCUACGACGACUCCGGAGAAUGGAACAUGGUCGACAUGCUGAUGAGGCGUUUGGUGGAGAGUCUAUUUUUCUUCUACAAGCAGCGCGAAAGCCCACACGAAGCCAGUAAUUUUACAGCCGAAAUAAAGGAAGCGGAGGCUGACUACCAAGAAUCCUUCCUCGCAAUCGCUAAGAACCUUUUCGCACUUGAGCAGAAUGUCCGCGAGAAGUCACUUAAAAGCUCGGAGGACGUAAGCAAUACGGCUGCGGAGCCGUCUGCAAAAGCAAAAUUCACAGUGCUUUUGCGGCGUUACACUGGUCCCAGAGGGAAUCUCGCAGUGGAAUUCGAAAGCGACUUGCGCAGACUUAUUUUGGAAAGUGAGCUUUCGUCCGACUGGUUAGAGCCUCUGCACGCCGCGUUUUCGAUAUAA